UAGGGAAGAUAAGGGUGUUCUAGAGGCAUUGUCUUUUCCUAGCAAGUGUCCGCCAUGUUGCGGGUGUGUGAGAAACUCCGCGAGGCGGACGAGAAGGGCAGGAGGUACGGACUAGCCCGGGCGGAGACAGGCUACCUCCGUGCCCAGGUGGACGCCAUGGCCGACACGGACAUGCUGGCGGAAGUGGAGCUGCUCAAAACUCUGGGUGACGUGAACGUGGAGAAGGGAAGACUCGGGAAGGACGUGGGGAAGUUCAACACGGCCUUGGCGCUUUAUCUGGCUGCUAUGGUAUGGUGUUACCAUGAAGAACAGGCAGAUGGUAUAGAACACCGCUACCGCUACACGGAGAGGCUUUUACAAGUGGUGUCGUCAAAGGGUAAGGUACAGCCAACUGAAGACAAGGAGACGACUACGCCUGCAAAGGUAGCGGCAAAGUUUCAAGAUCUGGACAAGAGACGGGCUACCGGAGGUAACACAGACUCUUUGCUAUUUGGAUACGCACAGGUGAUGGUAGAGGCAAUAGUAAAAGACAACAGCAUGUUAGAAACAGAAGCGAUCAAGAGCCUGGGUGACGUGUACCUGAAAAGAGGAACGGAAACUGGAGACACUAGAAACUUGACCAGAGCUACUGCUCUGUACAACAGGGCACUGGCGCGGUGUCACAACGUUCAUGGAACAGUUGUCAUUGUUCACCGCUUACUGCACACCGCAAAAAUCAGGCAAGACGUCACCAUAACAAGAAACAAGAGGGCAACACGUACGCAACCACAGAAAGGCGUGAGAGGACGGGAGGGCCACUUCUCAUCUGCGCCCUCUAGCGACGGAACCACCAGUCAAGAGGAGGACGACAUCUCCUACCGCAGGUACAUCCAGGCGGCAGACCGUGACGUGGGAAAUGGAGACCUGGACGCAGCAGAGCAGAACCUAGCAGCUGCCCUGAAGCUGGUUCACGAUCGCAGUAAACCCAAAAAGUCGAGAGAAGCCGACUGUCUGUGCAGGUUGGGUGACAUCUACGUCGAGCGAGGUAAGCGGACAGGAGAAGGUAGGAAAUUCACACAGGCGGCAGCUCUGUAUAACGCCUCCAUGUCACUGAAGAUGAAGAAAGCUAUCUAUGGUGAAACAUCGCCACAUCCCGACAUUGCUUCAUCACUAAACAACAUUGGGACAUGUUGGAGUGACCUUGGUGAUCAGAGGAAAGCUCUCAGUUAUUACGAACAGUCACUGAAGAUCAUGAAAUCUAAUUAUGGUGAAACAACGCCACAUCCGAACAUCACAUCAUCAUUAAACAACGUUGGUAAAUGUUGGAGUGAACUUGGUGGUAAGAGGAAAGCUAUCAAUUAUUUUGAACAGUCACUGAAGAUGAGGAAAGCUGUCUAUGGUGAAACAACAGUACACCCCGACAUUGCUUCACCACUAAACAACAUUGGGGCAUGUUGGAGUGAGCUUGGCGAUCAGAGGAAAGCUAUCAGUUAUCACGAACAGUCACUGAAGAUGAGGAAAGCUAUCUAUGGCAAAACAACGCCACACCCCGACAUUGCUUCAUCACUAAACAACAUUGGGAACUCCCCACGCGGCAUUCGGCUUGUCACCAAUAGAUUCCCGUCCCUGCUCUUCUGUAGCCCGGGUGCCAUCCGAUUUGUAACGGCAACCCCGUCCCUGCUGUUCUGUAGCCUGGGCGUCAUCCGAUUUGUAACGGCAACCCCGUCCCUGCUGUUCUGUAGCCCGGGCGCCAUCCGAUUUGUAACGGCAACCCCGUCCCUGCUGUUCUGUAGCCUGGGUGCCAUCCGAUUUGUAACGGCAACCCCGUCCCUGCCGUUCUGUAGCCCGGGCGCCAUCCGAUUUGUAACGGCAACCCCGUCCCUGCUGUUCUGUAGCCUGGGUGCCAUCCGAUUUGUAACGGCAACCCCGUCCCUGCCGUUCUGUAGCCUGGGUGCCAUCCGAUUUGUAACGGCAACGCCGGGCUAG